AUGCGUUGCCCUGUGACGGUGUACAGCGAGGGCACCAGACUGAAUGCUCUGCAGCUGAUCUCGGAAAGUCAUGCGAAAGCGGCCAAGCUGGAGCUGGAGAUCAGGAACGAUGCUGGUGAAAGCAGACUGAUUAUUUUCCGACCAAAUUGGCAGUUAUCAGGUGAUUCGGAAAAGGCUGGCGUGGCACCGUGUCAUUUUGAGGGCUUCAGCAGCGACGGCGAACACAGUGCCAUGAGCACAUGCUCUCUUUCACUUUUCGGGUAA